AUGUCGGGCAACUGGUGGAGGGUUGUAGCAAGUGUGUGUCAUGUAGCAUGUACACGUGAGAGGUGGGGGGGGGGUCAUGUGGGGGUAACGGGCAGUCGGCAGCUCGCGACAGCUGGCGGGCGGCAGAACAAGGUGGAGUACUACGUGAAAUGGAAAGGGUGGAAGCCGAAGCACAACACGUGGGAACCGGAGGAGAACAUCCUGGACCCGCGGCUCAUCCAGAGCUUCGAGCGCGGCGAGGAGCACCGGCGCCAGGGCAGGCGGCGCGAGCGCGAGCACUCGCCCGGCGAGCGCGCGCGCAGCGGCUCCGAGGAGUGCCAGCCGCCGCCCGGCAAGCGCAAGGCCGAGGUGCUGUCGCGCGAGUCCGGCAAGAUCGGCGUCACCAUCACCAUGAGCCCCCCCGCCGCCAAGCGCCACGACUCCACCAAGCUCAACGGCAGCCGGACUUCCCUUACCACUCACACCGCCCACACAGCGCACACCACGCACUCCGUGCAGCCUCCUCCUCCCGCCGCGCCGCCUGGAGGAGCGGCUGCGCCCGCCUCUCCUGCUGCUGAAGCUGCCGCGCCUAGAACGGGCCCCAGACGAGCACCACAUUCCCCGGAAGAAGCUGAUGCUCAUACUCCCCCGGAGCGGGAAAGGCGCACCGAAACCCAACCGACUGCCACUGCGCCGGCGGAACCCAAAGGUGCUCAACCACCUCCUCCAGUCGAGCCGCAGCCUGAGGAGGAGGAGGACUCGUGGGGCGACGCUCCGGUCGCAGUACCGGCGCCGCCGCCAGCGCCAGUAGCGCCCAGACGCGGCGCCGCCUACUGGAUGGCGCGCUCCCCGGUGGCCGACCAGAUCUUCAUCACGGACGUGACCGUCAACCUACAGACGGUCACGAUACGCGAGUGCCGCACUGAGAAGGGUUUCUUUAGGUCGCGCGAGCAACGGCCGCUCGACGUGACGUAAACAUUGCAUUGUGGACUCUGAGGACUUGUAGAUACAGUUAUAGGUAGCUAGUAUUUAUUUAGUUACUGCGGUUGUUAAGUCAAGUGAAGGAGUGAAGUGAAGUGCACAGCCCUGGUUGGCCUAAACCUGGUAACCUACACUAACGAAGUGCUAUUUAUCUCUUGGGAAUCUUGGGAUACCCGACAUACUGGACUGUGUGAACGGAUUUAUUGUCUACGACGAAGCCACAGGGAUAACAU